AUGACAACUGAUCGAAAUAUUUCGACAAUACCAUCUUCAUUUGUUUAUGAAGACUUACUCUCUCAAGUUAAGACCAUUCAAGUUUAUAUAGUUAAAACUAAAAAUGUACUUGAUAAUCGAUCAAAAAAUGAAAGAAGAAAACGACAUCAAUUGAAAUCUCGUUCAUUAAUAUUUAUUGAUCCAUAUGGUAAUAAAAUUGUCGACAAAAUUAUGGAUCAUGAAAUGAUCAAUGAUGUCAUAAAAAAGUUUAAGAAGACUUAUGUACCAAAGUAUUUACAAAAAUGGAUAAAAAUUGGAACUAAAAAAGACAAUAUUAUCUCAUCAUUAAAUAAUUGUCAAUUGAGAUCAACUGUAUCUCAUUAUGCAAAUAACUAUCAAUUUAUUGCAUAUAGUGAAGUAAUUGUAUGGCUUGGAUGUUAUAAAAAUUUACCAUCUCAUCGAUGUAUUUUACGUGUUCUAUUAACCGGUAAUAUGGAAAAAAUAAAAAUGCAAAUAAACCAAAUUGGGAAAUUUACUAGUAUAGAAUUAAAAUCAUGUACGUUAAAACCAGAAACAAAGCCGAACGAAAAAGAUUGGAUUGAAGGUACAAUACUUGAAACAGAAGAUACCAUUAUGUCACGUCAAUUAUAUGAAGAUAAUUGUGUUAUCAUGGCAAAAAUUACACAAAAACAGUUUGAUUUUCUCAUAUUUGUGCGAACCCUCACCGGAAAAACGAUUACUUUAUCAGUGAAUUCCGAAAUGGAUAUAAACACUGUGAAAGAACUACUACAAAAAACAGAAGGCAUUCCUGUUGAUCAGCAACGUCUAAUAUUUGCUGAUUCCCAGUUAGAAGAUAGCAGAACUCUUGCAGACUACGGCAUAUGGAAAGAAUCGACGAUGUAUAUGGUGCUUCGUUUACGAGGCGGAAUGUAUCAUUUUACUAGUGGUCGACAGGAUUUCAAUAAUUUGUCUUAUAAUAGUGCCGAAGCAGUUAAAAAUGUUCUUGGUUUUAAGUUUAAAAAUAUAGAUCAUGCCUCCUUUUUAUCAUCAGAUGAAUUACAAAAUUCUCUUUUACAAGCGCAAACUGUUCUCUCAACUUUAUAUAGUUCAACUGAACACGCCUUUACACCAAAUGAUAUUCCACAUCUAAAGUCAACUAUAUUGCCAACAACUGCCAAUAUUGAUGAAGAUAGCAAAAACGAUGAAUUUUUUUUUUUUUGA